AUGAGGAUUGAGCAGCUGAAGCAGACCAUUUGCAAAGAAAACGAUGAAAUGACAAGACGUGAGUUUUCAGACAAGAAAGAAAGGCUGAUGCAUCUUAAAACCAAGCAGAAAGAAUUCCAAAAACAUGUUUUGAAGGCCAUGGAAGGGAAGGAGAUAACUGAUCAGCUGAGAUGGAAAAUAAUGUCUUGCAAGAUGAGGAUUGAGCAGCUGAAGCAGACCAUUUGCAAAGAAAACGAUGAAAUGACAAGACAUGCAGAGGGGCUUCUGAGAAUAAAAGAGGAGAACCAGAAGCAUUAUCGCAGGGCUCAGCGGCAUCAGGAGAAGAAAGAGAAGAUCCAGAGGCUUAACCGCAAGCUGGGAGACUUGGUAGAGAAAAGAACCCAUGACUUGAAAACCCAGUACGAGCAUCUGGCAAACCUUCGUCGGACGCACAUCCUGGAACUAACAUCAGUCAUAUUUCCCAUUGAAGAAGUAAAGACAAGCAUGAGAGACCCUGCAGAUGUGUCCUCCGAGAGUGACAAUGCCAUGACCUCUAGCACUGUGAGCAAGCUCGCAGAAGCCAGGAGAACCACGUAUCUCUCUGGGAGAUGGGUGUGUGAUGACCACAACGGGGACACCAGCAUCAGUAUCACAGGGCCGUGGAUAACCCUUCCCAAUAACGGAGACUAUUCGGCGUAUUACAAUUGGGUGGAAGAGAAGAAGACGACACAAGGACCAGAUAUGGAACAUAAUAACCCUGCUUAUACCAUCAGUGCUGCAUUGUGCUAUGCAACCCAGCUCGUUAACACUUUGUCUCUCAUACUUAAUGUCAAUCUUCCCAAGAAGCUCUGCAACAGGCAAGUAAACACACGCCGCUACAGAG